UUAUCGAAUCGAAGAAGAAACCCAAAGUAUAGAAGAAGAUAGUGAAGUGGGAAGAGAAGAGUAAACAGUAAAGUAAACACUUGUGAACACUUAGAACAGUGUUUGAGUUGAUAACUGCUGAUUUUUGUUAGUUUGUCCGAAAAUUCAAAUGAAAGCACCGGCGUUGUCUUUCUCUAAAGCUCCCGUCAAGUUCAGGAUGCCAACUUCGGCGAAUUUGGUACCGAUUCGAUUGGACAUUGAAAUUGACGGCCAGAGAUUCAAAGAUGCUUUUACUUGGAACCCUUCUGACCCCGAUUCAGAGGUCGUGGUGUUUGCGAAAAGGACAGUCAAAGAUUUGAAGCUCCCUCCAGCAUUCAUAGCACAGAUUGCUUCAUCCAUUCAAACACAGCUAGCAGAGUUUCGAUCGUAUGAAGGACAGGAUAUGUACUCUGGGGAGAAGAUAGUUCCAAUUAAGCUUGAUCUUCGAGUUAAUCAUACUCUUAUAAAGGACCAGUUUUUGUGGGACAUGAACAACUUUGAGAGUGAUCCUGAAGAGUUUGCUAGAACCUUCUGCAAAGAUCUGGGCAUUGAAGACCCUGAAGUUGGACCUGCAAUUGCCUUUGCAAUCAGAGAACAGCUUUAUGAGAUUGCAACUCAAAGUGUAGCUUCAGCAAGAGAAAGCAGAAUAAGCAAAAAGGGUCGCCGGGGGACUGAACAUGCUACAUCCAGUAAAUCAAGUGGUUCUGCAUUGGACCUGGUGAAGCUAUUUGGUUACAGAUCUAGCGUGGUCCGGAAAAGAAAGGACUGGGAUGUAUAUGAACCCAUCGUUGAUCAUCUAUCUAAUGAGGAAGUGGAUGCCCUUGAAGCAAGAGAAGAUAGGAAUAUUCGGUGACAUAAAUGUAGACUUUAAGCAAGAGAAGAUAGGAAUAUUCGGUGACCAAAUAGAGGCAAAAUUAUUUUGUAAAUGCUAGGUUUGCAUAGUGAAUGUGGUGCAUCUUUUGCUGUUUUAGUCUUCCCUCAAUUUUCUGUAGAAAGACUUUGUAAACUUAGUGGAACUCGGGGAUUAAAUUUUGUAGUGAUAAGUUUCCAGUAGAUUUGCAGGUUUCUAUCAGUUCCAUUUAAUCCAUUCGUUUGAUGGUUUUCGUUCAUUGUAAUUUGCAACUAGAGGAUUACAUUAGUCCCUAUCUACUAAUAUUAAGUCGUACUAAGCCCAUUUAAG